AUGUACCCGACCCGGCUCCUGCCGGAGACGUAUAGGAACGGGAUUGGUCAUAUUCUUCCCCAGGUCCCUUCAAGUGCUCACACGAGCGUCCUGCGACUCCUAGACUUUUCCUACUUCUACUUCUACUUCUCUCGCCUAAUUUUUGCUCACGAACAUGCAUUCUUCAACCAAGCCUACAAUUACGAUCACCCAUGGUCUCACGUCGUCAUUGGGAUGUGGCACAAAUACCCGAACCCAAAAUGCUCGCAUACGGGGAUAAUCAGAACGGAGCGGAUAUUGGGGUGUAAACAAAAAGCUCCAGGAUGGAUCGUGAAGCUUUUUGGCGGUUCUGAAGACGCCUUUGUGCGUGAAAUAUCUUUUGUCGACCCCAGGAAUCAGCGCGCUUCCAUAUCGUCGGUCAAUAUGUCACUAUCACAAUUCGCCACAUGUGUAGAGCAAAUAGAUUACCUACCCGCAUCCCAUGACCGUACGACAUUUACACAGACGGCGGAGAUUCAGGCACGGUUAGGGCUUUGGCGGAGUGCCGCGGAUGGGCUGGAGCGAUGGCUAGUCCAGCGGUUCGAGCAAAACGCACAUUUGGGAAAGCUUGGAUUCACGGACGUGCUACGGAGGCUGUGGGAAGAGCGACAGCAGCUACAAACUGUGUAGGGAUGCUACCUGGGUCGUGUGUCUUCACUCCACUUCCUUUGCCUGUUAACAUUGCAUCAGGAUUUUCUAGAGAUAAUUGUUAUGCCUUGACCUAGAUAGUUUAAAACCUUCCUACACAUGUGUACUCCACUCUUUGUGUGCGCAAACCACUCGUGUAGCCUUUCUGUAGCAGCUGUAAAAUUCGGAAAAUUGAUGACUUAGUGACUUAGUGACUAAUGUGAUGUGAUGUGACGG